AUGCCCCGCGUAGCGAACCCCAAGCAUCGCCGCUCCAAUGGCGCCUCGACCCCCCAUAAGAACUCGCCUGUCAAAAUCCCCCUCAAUGAUGAUAUGGGGGAGAAGGCGGCCCGGAUGGAGGCCCGGCAUGCUCGUCACGACCGUCAGAUGGAUCAGAUCAAGGCCGCCGUGAAGACACCGAUGCCCCCGCGCAAAUAUACCAGUUAUGACCGCGCAUCCAGCACAAGUCCCGCCACCCCCCGAGGGUCAGGCCAUCGGGGUCGCGAAAGUGAUGUUGGCGGCGGUCGAGGCGUUACCCCCAUGAAGCGGGUGCCCAUCCUCGCCAACUUCGAAGAAUGGAUGAAGAUGGCCACCGACAAUAAAAUCAAUGCGAAUAACUCCUGGAACUUUGCUCUCAUCGAUUAUUUCCAUGAUAUGUCCUUGCUGAAGGAAGGCGACGGGGUGAACUUCCAGAAAGCCAGUUGCACCUUGGAUGGCUGCGUUAAGAUCUAUACAAGCAGAGUCGACAGUGUCGCUACUGAAACCGGUAAGCUUCUGAGUGGGUUGGCCGACAGUCGCGAUAAGAGAGCUCGUGAAACGGGUGGUGAAGGCGAAGAUGGCGAUGACGACGAUGAAGACGGAGAGGAUGGUGGCAGUCGGAAAUCCCGGCGUAAGCAAGCGCGAUCGCACGAAGCCACCCUUGCUCCCUCCUUCGCCUCGCUGCAGCUCAAGAAGUUUGAGCUGGAGUUUGCGGUAGAUCCGUUAUUUAAAAAGGCAUCAGCAGAUUUCGAUGAAGGCGGCGCGAAAGGCUUACUCCUCAACCACCUGGCCAUCGAUUCUCAAGGCAGGAUCGUGUUUGACAGCAGCGACGAUGCCGCUGAAGGCGGCUCGAAGGACGAGGGCAACACGCGCCAGGGAACGGAAGAACCCGAGCGUCCAGAUUCCCCGUCACCCCAACGCGAAUCGUCAGACGAUGUGUUCGAAGAUAAUACCGAGAUUGAUAUCGCAAACCUAGCAUCCCGCUUUUUUCCCGAUCUAGAUCGCCUUGAAGGACAGGAUAUCUGUCCCUCCCUCAAGAACUUCGAUCUAGGCGAUCCAAGCGGAUCAUUAGAUAUCCCCUUCCUGAAGGCACCCGAAGAGUGGAGGAAUGAACAAGGCAUCGAUGACGGUCGUAAUCCGAACGAUGCCUCCGGGAUCAUGCUGGAUGACGACAACGCAGUUGGGUUCGAUGAUGACGACGAUGGCUUGGUCGGAUUCGAUCUCAGCGGAGACACAGGAUUCGGAGAUGGUGGAGAGGCAUGGGCUCGCGAGGCAGCCUUGGAGCCGAUGCUCAAGGUCCACCGCGUGGAUCUGGAUGAGGACGAGAACCAGGACGGCGAGGACUUUGACAACGACAAUGCAUAUGCCGUUUCUCUCAACCACCAACCGAGCAACCGUGACCACGAGAACAUCCUCAGUUACUUUGAUAACGCCUUGCAGAAGAACUGGGCAGGCCCAGAACACUGGAAGAUCCGUCGAAUCAAAGAGCAUGCGGCUGCCAGUACUAACGCGGCACCGAAGCAACGCAAGGAAAAGGAGCCUUUCGAGAUCGACUUUGGUGCGCCUCUGGAUCCGUCGGUAGCUGAAUUGAUCUACACACCGGCCAGUUCCAACUCAGCCAUCUCUUUGCCGAAAACGCAAUGGAAGACAAAGGGCCGCAACCUCCUUCCUGAUGACAAACACUUCAACUCCCGACAACUGCUACGCCUCUUCCUCAAACCAAAGGCCAGAAUGGGCUCAAAGAAGCUGGUGGGCUCGCGGCAGUUCAACCAGCGACGGCAAGACCAGACGGCCGGUCAUGGUGACAUGGACGAGGCCUUUUGGGCGAACCACAAAACCGAAGACAAUGCGGACGAAGGUGUCCCUGGUGCAUAUGAUGCCGACUUCUUCGCGGAUGAUGACGGCCUUGCUUUCCCGAACGGCCUUGGUCUGGGCGAUGACGACGACGAUAACCUACCUUUCGCUGAUGCUCGUGAGAUGCUGUCGCCGCCCUCGGAUAUGCCACCAGGCGCUUCGGCGAGCGAGGCUGGCGGAGCCACCGGACUUGCCGCACUCUUGAACAUGGUAGGCGCUACGCCUGGUUCAGGCGCGGGCGGCUUUGGAUCACAGCUGGUCACUCAAGGUGGUCGCAGGGCCCGGCCAGACUAUGUUGCAUAUGCUCGUGUGGCGAAGAAGGUCGAUGUUCGGCGACUAAAGCAGGAAAUGUGGAAGGGCAUGGGCGAUCGGUUGAUAUCCUCCUCGCACUUUGACGCUACGCCCCGGGCCGACAAGACUGCCAGCCUACAGGAAGACCACCCGAUGAGCGACGCAGAUGUACCGCCAACCCCAACGCCAGUGAACAAGGACCCAGAGCCCACGCCAGCCAGCCAAGACAACAGCCAACUGCGCUUCACGCAGAUCAUGAACUCCCUGAAAUCCGUUUAUGCCCCGGAAACAUUGCGAGACAUUAGCACAUCGUACGGGUUCAUCUGUCUUCUCCAUCUAGCCAAUGAACAGGGGCUCCUGUUACAGAACGAUGACGGGACUACAGGCCUAGGCUCGGGGGCUCUCGAGGAGAUUUUCGUGACCAAAGACUUGAAUGCUGUCAUUGAGGAGGGAGCCAUCUAG